ACUAAUGCCCAUCUGUCAAAUGCAACUCUGCCAGCACGCCACCUUCUGACAGGUGACAGCAGCGUCUCUUUCUUUUUUCGCCAUUCGCCACUGAAGAUGACGAAGGGUACCUCCAGCUUUGGUAAACGCCAUAACAAGACGCACACUUUGUGCCGUCGUUGUGGACGCUCCUCGUACCACAUCCAGAAGUCGACUUGCGCCCAGUGCGGCUACCCAGCCGCCAAGUUGCGUUCGUACAACUGGUCCGUGAAGGCCAAGAGGAGGAAGACCACCGGCACUGGCCGCAUGAGCCACUUGAAGGUUGUCCGUCGUCGCUUCCGCAAUGGAUUCCGCGAGGGCACCCAGGCCAAGCCCAAGAAGGCCACCCAGUCCGGCAAAUAAGCCCCAGCGGUUUAUUCAUCAGCCUUAAGCCGCCUCCAUUUUGGCUUCGAGAAGCUUCUUCCCGUUUGGGGAAGCAAAGCCUUCUUUCAGCUAAUAAAUGAACGUUAUUUGGUUAAGUGAA